UACGAUCUGAUGGUACUCUAUGGUGUGUGGAAUUUAUUUAUUAUUUUUAGCGGCGGGAUUUUGGUAGUUGCUGGACUUGUUUGUGGCAGUUGGCUGGGAGAAGUGGUUGCCAUCCAGCUGCUAACUGGCAGGUUGCAUUUGCCUCCAGCAUGGAAGACUCCAGUCUCGAAGCUGAAAUGGCAGAGAUGCAUCACUCCAAUUCACCAUCGCCAACAGAACAGUUCGUAAGAAUGCACUCUAUUGACGUUGCACCGGGUGCUUCGCUAAUGGAAGUUGUUGAUGAUGGGCUUGAAGGUAUGGAGACGGAUGAAGAUCAAGUAGUAGAGGGAGAGGCUAUGAAGGAUUCAGCGAUGGUUGGAAAUAUUAAAAGUCCAUCUGUUAGCACAGAUACAGGCAUACAAAAGGUGGAUGACAAUAUACUCAAAGCAGACAGUGAUAGUCCUCAAAGUCCCUCUAAAACAAACACUGAAGGUGCAGAUGGUCUAGUUACUGCAAGUGAGGUACUUGAAAAGUUGCCCACACCUUGCGAGCCAAAUAUUUGUGAUGAAGUCGCUGAACCGCCAAAGGAAGAUGCACCUACAAGUGUGGCUGAUAGUUUAAACUUGGAUGAUCACAUCGAACCUGCUGAUAAGAGCCAUGUACCAUUCCAGAUAAGUUCUUUAGAGGACACUGGCUUUGAUGGAGGGAGCAAAGAGACAGGAGAUGCUGGUGGUGCAAAAGAAACCUUAGAUGCAGAUGCUGUACUGACUGGCGACUUCAAACUGCCCAGUGUGGACGAUGUGCCAAGUGCAGAAAUUGCGGAAGUUCCACGCGAUUCAAAAGUAAUUCAGAAAGAGAAUGAUGACUCCAGUUUAAUUGCAACAGGCCUAGACCAGGAACAAGGGCAAGAUGAUUUAGUUGGUGGAUCUGAUAAUGCCCCAGCAGAAGCUGGUGUUGCCUCAGCAGCAGCUGAUGUUGUCCCAAUAGUAACUGACAUCCCAGAAACAGCUGACAUUGCUGCAGCAGUGGCUGAUGUAGACGUGGCAGUGGCUGACAUUGCCCCAGCAGCUGCUAGCAUUGCUCCAGGAGCAGUUGCUAUUGCAUCAGCAGCAUCUGACAUUGGCACAGCAGAAAAUGCAUCUGCAAAUGACCAUGUGAGUCCCACGAGGUUAGAGGAUAUUAUCAGUGGGGCCAAGGCGGAAAGUAUGGAAAUGAUGGAAGAUAAUGAAGCACAAGAAGGUCUUGUCGCAGUCGAUGCGGAUCCCGAAGUCGACAAGGCAGUAAUCGGAGACGAUGAAGAGAUGCCGGUAAGAAAGACAAGUUUGUCUGAGAGCACUACCUCCGCGGGAAGCAACGACAGCAGUACUGCCGGGGAAACCGGAGGGUUGGUCCACGAAGGCUUCGAGGAGCCCAAAGUUGGUGCUGCGAUGGGGGAGUCCAGUGUCGCCACUCUAGAUGACAAUGCAGCCUUGCGUGUGGUUGGGGUGGACGUGGCCGGUCGUGUCGCCGCCGAAGCGAAUGCGUCUUUGGAUGGAGUGACGAGUGCACUCUGUAACAUUGGCACAGCUUUCGGUGAGAUCGGUGCUGCUUCAAUCCAGGAUAAAGGUUUUGGCCAGGGAACUACGCAACCUCAGGUCGAUGAUCACUCCGCUUUAGAUGCUCUGGCCAUUCUCAAGACAGACUUCAAGCCACCGUCGUUCCCCGUGACCACGCCCACCAGCACAGAUGCCUACUCCUUUGGGAUGGUUGGCUUGGGCGACCUCGACCAUGGUUUCCUGAUCAAGCCAGAGGACAGCAAAAAUACUUCAGCUCCUUCUGUGCCUGCCCAACCCUUGGAUCUGCCGAUGGACGUUCACAUGAAGCAUCAGGGCGAAAUGAAGGCGAGACUUGAAAACAUAGACUCUGACGCCCUCACCACAUUGGCUGCUGCUGCCUUGAGCUGUGAUCAAGCACCGACGAAUGGAGUGAAGCAGGAACUCCCCGAGGAACAAGCACAGACCCAGAAGCCGGGGACCAGGGAGAGCCCCACCCGCGGGCUCGCCAAGAAGAAGGAGCAGUGGUACGACGUGGGCCUCAUCAAGGGCACCCAGUUCACGGUCACUUCGUACUUCGUGCCGCGUGAGGGCGAGGAGGACGCCGGCGGUGGCGACAGCCCGGACUACAGCAAGAUGAGGGCCGUGUGCCUGGAGCCGGGCACCGCCUACAAGUUCCGAGUCGCCGGCGUCAACUCCUGCGGCCGUGGGCCCUUCUGCGAGCUGUCUGCGUUCAAGACGUGCGUGCCUGGGUUUCCGGGCGCCCCGUCCGCCAUCAAGAUCACAAAGUCCCUGGAAGGUGCACACCUGUCGUGGGAGCCCCCGUCCAGCACAUCCGGGGAGAUCCUGGAGUACUCCGUGUACCUCGCCAUCCGCAGCUCUCAGAACCAGAGCGAGCAGAAGCCCGUGGCGACCGCUGCGAGCCAGCUGGCGUUCGUGCGGGUGUACAGCGGACCGACCAACCAGUGCACCGUGACCUCCGCCUCGCUGUCCGCGGCCCACAUCGACAAGACCACCAAGCCGGCCAUCAUCUUCCGCAUCGCCGCCCGCAACGAGAAGGGCUACGGGCCCGCCACCCAGGUCAGGUGGCUCCAGGGGGCAUGAGAGGCACCGGCACCGCUGUCGUGCAAACCCGUGUACUACUUACGCUAUUGGUGUGGGCUGUGCAAGUGGCUGGUCUUGUCUUCAAUUUAAUGUAAUAAGCUAGAGGUUAAUACCAGACAGCUUUGAAUUUCUGUGAGAAAACCCAGUGUGUUGUUAGCUCUUACCAGUAGGCGACCGCACAUUCGUUGUUACGUUCCAUCAACUCAGAUGUACGUAAAGUGCGUUCUUUUCAGUUAUUUAUUUCAGUUUUUGACAGUUUCAGCUUAAUGGAAACAAAGACUUUAACUGAAUUCAUUUGCACGGCAGACAACAUAAAAAGUGUUAUUUAUAUUUUAUUUACUUUCAUAGCUAAGCUUUCUGCAUUGUGGCCAUUAUUCAGUCAGGUUUAUUCCUUUGGUUCUGAACAAUAAUAAACUUCACAUAUUUUCUACGGUAGCCUACAACUCACGUAGUUUCGGUUCCCUACCACGUUCGUGCAACUUCGGAUUUCUCUCAAAAAUUGAAAUUAAAAAAAUCUAAGGGUUAGGUUAGGUCAUGUCAGUCACAACAUGCUUGUUUUCAUUGGAAACUUCUGAUUUAGCAGCUGAAGUGGCGUUAAUACCAAAACGCAAAACUUCUGAAAUCUUCGGAAAUUCUUGCAGGGAACCGAAACUACGUGAGUUGUAGGCUUCCCAUAUUUUCUACUUGAAUUCAUGAUUAGGAUAUUUUCUAUUAAUUAUUUUAAUAUGAAAGUAGUUUUGCAAAUCACUAUAUCCUGUUUGGAUUAAUGGUAGCAUUUUUAAAAUACAUCUUAUUAAGUAUUCUCAUUUUUGUGUAUGUCUGGUUGUGUAUGAAAUAUGUAAAAUGUUUAUUUUUUUUUAAUCAAAAAACAUCCAUUUUAAUAAUAAAAUACAGAUUCUAAUAAUUUAAA